GUUCUCUAUUCGAAAAUUUUCGUGCGCGGUACACUUCUUAAACAGUCGUUCGCGAAGAAAGAUCUACGCUUCGCGUACUACGUUCUUUCCUCAUGUUAUCGAAGUAUAAAUUCUCUUAUAUUAUCUUUAUACUUUCGCAUAAAGUUAUAUCAUCUCUAAUUAUAAAUAUAACUCUGAAUACUUGAAUAUAUUUUUUUUUAAUUUUUACGACGUCAUCGGAGUAGGAACGUACGUAUUUUCAAAGAUGGAUCGCGAUUUAGUUGUUGUUCAGCAUUUUAAGAUCGUACGUAUGAUCUUAUGUUAAUGCUGUAUAAGAUCAAGAAAGAAAAUAAAGAUCAAAAGACAACUGUAUAACAAUUUAUAUACCGUGGAUUACCUGUUAUCUGGACAUUUUGGAAAGCGUGACAAAAGUGAUUAAUUAUUGUAGAAGAAUAUCAAGAAACAAUUAUUUUUACUACUACGAGUGAAUAUGAACCAAUCAGAAGCAGCAGUAGUGUAGUGAUUUUUGUUGUUGUUAAUUGCUAUUGUUUUAUUGUAUCACUUGUUCUAUCGAAAUUCGGAUAGAAUUGAGGAAUUGGUUGUAAGGAAUAAUUUGUAGUUUUAUUGUGGAUGAACAAUAAAAAUAUCAACGGGAUAAAUUAUAUUUACCUGGUUUACAAGGGUCACGAAUCUCUUCAAAGCACCUCUAAUGGUAUUUCGAUAUUUAUGUAGCCAUCACGUUCGAAAUUCCAUCUUGCUAGCAAGAAAAAAUCAAGAAAACCUGCAGAUACAAAAGAAGAAUUGAUUUGCACAUAAUCUAGCCAAUGUUAACUACAGUUAAUGUAUUCCUACAAGGCUCAAAAGAAUUCAACCUGGAAAUCUAGUAAAAAAAUAAAUCUACGCGAAAUACACGAAAACAUUGGACACGGUAUCAUUGAGUUAUUGUUCACGUGCUACCUUUUUUACACUUAUAUAACAAUUUACCAAAUAUCUACGGACAAAUUGUAAACAAAUAAACAGAUAAAUAACAAAAAAUAAAAAAGUAAUUAACAUUAAAUUCAGUCAGUUGAUUCAAUUGUUUCAAAUGAAUUCUACUAGUUAGUAUAAAUCAGAAAUUACAACCAGUAAGAAACAAUCGCCCUCACAACGUGGAAGUCGAAAGAAAUUGUAUUCCCAUACCAGACGGAGUGAAAAAGCACGUGCACGAAGAGCGUACACAGUACGGAAGUGAAACCAGCUCUCAAGUUAACGAAUAAAUAAACUGAAUUUGAGACAAAGUCUCAACAACGGCAACAAAAUUGAGCUGGACUUACAUCAACGUGCCGCCGGCCAUUAUAUGAGAGCCGGCGGUAACAUGUGCGAUGGCUCGUUCGCGGACAGUCUUCGUAGUAUGCAGGGUAUUCCUGGAACAUCACCACCCGGAGCCACAGGGGUCGGCCCUAUGGGAGUUGCCCUUGGCAGCCCUCUCGGUCCUGCUGGGGUCAAGAAGGCACAGGUUGAACACAUCAAGCGACCUAUGAAUGCAUUUAUGGUUUGGUCACGACUCCAACGUAGGAAGAUUGCUCAAGAGAAUCCCAAGAUGCACAACAGUGAAAUAUCUAAGCGGCUCGGUGCGGAAUGGAAAUUACUUACGGAAGACGAAAAACGACCGUUCAUCGACCAAGCGAAAAGGUUACGAGCACAACACAUGAAAGAAUAUCCUGAUUACAAGUAUAGGCCUAGAAGAAAACCGAAAACGUUACGCAAAGAAGGUUAUCCCUACAGCAUUCCUUACCCAAGCGUGCCGAUGGACGCUUUGCGCGCUGGUAUGGCAGGUAGUAUGGGACAAGCUGGAAUGACACCGUACUAUAGUCCAGCAGCAGCAUACGGUACGCUUUCUGCAGCAAGUAUGGCUGCUGCAGCCGCAGCGGCUGCUCAACAAAAUGCUAUUACUGGACUUGGUCCACCUGGACAGGUUGUCAGUUCUAUGGACGCGAUGAAAUAUUCAAUGGAAGCUGACAAAUAUCGUGCCGCUUACAUGCCACCAAGCACAUUGGCGAUGAGCAUGUACUCCGAUCCGAAGUAUCUCGAUUCAAGUCCAAAAUACCUCGACCGUAGCUACCUGGAUUCGGCGAAGGCAUAUUUCGAGCAAUCGAAGAUUUACAUAGACCCAAAACCAUCGAUAUCCGAUUACACUAGACCAAGUUACGAACCGAACAAACUUUACGAAGAAUCCAGUCCUGGUAGCGUAACUGGGGUUGGGGGUGGGGGUGGUGGGGGCGGCUCAACAAGGUCACCAGCUGCGGAUUCUCCAGAUAUUAAUAAACAACACGAAAGAACGGAACAAGGAUCGUCCAGUGGUAGCUCAACGUCCACGUCAUCAGCAGCGAGUCCUGGUGCCAGUUUAUCGACUUAUUAUCCGGGUCCAGUCCAAGCAAGUGGUCUUCUAGGACCACAGAUGGGUCAAUACGGUACCUAUCAAACGACCCCAGCACCAGGAAACGACUCAUUCCGGCGUCCACUCACUGUCAUCUUCUGACCCGAUAGAGCAUAGCUCUGAUCCAUUUUUGAAGAGCAAUCUACCUGAAUACAACGAGUUAUAGCUCGAAUCAGGGUAACGUGAUUCACUAUGAAAAUUUACAACAAAAUCCAACUAUAACAUAAGUAACCGUGAAUCGUAUAAGAUUUUCACCACGUGUCCAAAAUUUUUCGUUAUUAUUCUAUUUUUUCAUUGCAAAUGUAUGGUGAUUAUUAUUUUAUUUAUGAUCUUUUUAUGUUAUUUUUCUGUCUUUUAUUUAUUAUUUAUAUCUUUUUUUCGUUUUUAAUGUGACAAUCAUAAUGGAAUGAAUAUCCGAAUUAUUUUCUAUUGCAAAUUCAUCAUUAUAAAUGGUAUAUUAUUUUACUAUACAUGGAAUUUUCUGCCAAAAAUGAAUACGAUCUCAAACAUAAGGUUUACCGUAGUUGUCCUGGCUCAUAAUAUACAAAAGAAUAAAAUAUUGUUUAUUGAAUAUUAUAUAUUAAAUAAUGAUAUAUUUUAACAAUUUGCCCAUAUGAAAUUUAUAUAUUUUUUUCUUUUCAUUUACGGAUUCGUGGUUAGAAAGUGCCGAAAAAAGUAAAAAUAAUAACAAAUAACGAACCAACGAAUCGCUGUCGUUUAUGUAUUUAUUUAGAAAAGAGAGAGAGAGAGAGAGAGAGAGAGAGAAAGAGAGAGAGAGAAAUAGAAAAAGAAAGAGAGAGAGAGAAAAUGAGAGAACGUGAAUAUUUGAAUAUCUUUGAAUAUUCAUAUUCGUCGAAAGACGAAGAUUCGUAAAAAAUAGAUAUACAUAAAUAAAUGAAGAAAAAUAAAAAAAGAAAAGAAAGAAAAAGUCGGGUUGUUCAAACGGUCAUUAAAGGGAGGUGACAAUUUUGACAAGUAUAUAAGUGUACGCGAACCGCGAAGAUCCGAUUAUAUUUGAUGAUAUAUUAUGAAGGAUUUGUAAAUAAACUCCCUCGUGUAAAUAGUUUAGCAAGAAAGAGUAAACUUUCUCACGUCAGUACGAAGACGCUCGGAAAUUUUCACUCUUCUUCCCUUCGAUCGGGUCUUUAUCGCCUUUUUCUUUUAAACUAUGAUUUAAUUUUCUUCUUUUUUGUUCCAAAGGAUCGUACAAUUAUUUUACAUUUCAAUUAAAAUCCUACCUAUUUGAUUGGUACAAUUAUAAAGAGUUUUGUUAAAAUUGCAUUAAACAUGUUUUACAGUUUUAAUUUAUUCUUUUUUUAUAUAAAUACACUAUUUUAUUUUAUUAUGUUUUGUAUUAUUGCCUUUUUCUUUUGUUAUUCUCUACAAUCAAAUUAGAUUGACGUGAGACAAAAUUGUAAUCGUGAUAUAAUUACAACUAUGAACGUCAGUUUUUUAGAUUGAAUAAAGUAUCCGAUUAAUAAAAUGUGAGAUCUACGACUCCAUGCCAAAUAUUAUUAGGUAUUCGUGAUAAAGUUGACCAAAAAGGGCCCUGGAUAGCUUAAUGGGAAAAGCAAUCUCCCGAAAAGUGAAAGAAUCCUGGGUUUGAGUCCUGGGUCCAGUCAGUCCAAAGGUUCAACUUUUUUCACGAAUCCUAUAAAAAUAAAAAAAAUGAUCGUUUUAGAACUAAUUGCAUUAUUUUGAUACCACGUGUAUCUUCGUCCAUCUUGUCUCAUCGAAAGUGUUUAAAUUUUGAGGGAGAUAGGAAAUAGGAGAGAAUAAUAUACGUGGAUUAAAAAAAAAUUGUCGAAAGUUAGGCGAAAUCACCUUUUAACCCUCUGAGCGUCAAAGUUUUUAGGAAUGUUAAUGAUGUGUUAAUGAUAGUGGGGAUACAGCCAAUUAAAUUGAAAUGUUAAGCGUUGAUUAACACGUUCGCGGACGUGAAUACUAUAUCACUCAAGUUUUAGAGAAUCAAUUAUAUUUAUUUAAUGUUAUAUAUAAUCUUAAAUUUUUUUAAUUAUUAUGCAUUCCAAAGUAAUGACCAACCGAUUCAUUAGCCUGUUUACUUUUACAGCUCACUGAAAUUGUUACUGUCCGCAAAUGUGUUAAAAUGAUAGUAUUAGUGUUAGUUUGUCCACGUGUCCCCAUCUCUAUCACUUAUUUCAGUAAAUCAGUGUAGUAAAACCAACGAUUGUGAGAAUUUAAUAGAAAAUAAAGCACACGAUCAGAAAUGUGAGUGAUAUCAAUAUUUGCUUUAUGAAUGAAUUGUCAUCGUAUUUUUUAAAGUAAUCAAUCAUGUAAUAUAACAAAUUUAAAUAUUAUUAUUUUAGUUUAUAAUCAGUAAUAAAUAAACAAGUAGGUUAGUAUUAUUUAACAUUUUCUUACAGUACACGACUAUUUUUAGUACGCUUUUGUUCCCGUAACGUUUUGAAACGCUUAUAGUUGGUUAUGAUCAGAAUGAAAAAUUACUUUGAUGAUCAGAGGGUUAAGUACCCUUCCCGCUGUACGAUGUAUAACCUUUAUAUUUGUAUCGUUACGAUAAAUCAUAAACUUUACUGAUUAUUGGAGUAUUCCAUUACGAGCGGCAAAAGUAAUCUAUAAAUAUUAUACUGUAAGUAAGAAAGUAAAAAUAAACGUUAAAUUUAAU